CAAAAAGGGAAAAAAAAACGUUUUGGUUAACCUUUCAUCCUCACAAUAUCUAGGGUUUACAAAUUCAACUUUCCCCAAAUCGAAUACCCCCACUCUCUCGCUUUCUCUCUCAUCAAUCCCUGCAAUUCCGAGCAGAAACUUAGGGUUCCGUCCGAAAUCGAAGCAAAAGGAUGCCUCAAAGACACUCAAAGAACAACAACGAUCUCGCGUUCUUCACCUACGAUGAGAAGCGCAAGCUAGGGUAUGGUACUCAAAAGGAGAGAUUAGGGAAAGACUCCAUUAAACCUUUCGACGCUUGCUCUCUUUGCUUAAAGCCUGUGAUUGACCCUUUGUGUUGUCCUAAAGGUCAUGUAUUUUGCAAAGAGUGCAUCCUAGAAUGCUUGCUUUCCCAGAAGAAAGACAUUCAAAGAAAGUUAGCUGCACAUGCUGCACAGAAUAAGCAACAGAAAGACGACCAAGAGGAAAAAAUAAUGCUUCAAAAGGCGAGGGAACUUGAGGCAUUUGAUCAGCAAAAUCAUGGUGCAGUGCCACAUCACAGUGACAAGAAUGAUUCUCGUGACAAGAAUGGCUUUCACGGUGCAAAUAGUGUCAAAGUUACUUCUUUUGAAGAGGAAGCCUUGAGAACAAUGAAAGCGUUCUGGCUUCCUUCUGCUACUCCAGAAGCAGCGGCUAAAGUAGAUGCUCCUUCCACUAGCACAACUUGUCCAGAGGGAAACGAGAAGCUUAAGCUGAAAUCCCUCUUUCCCAUUUAUUUUACAGAAGAAAAUAAUCAUAAGGAAAGCAAAUCAACGGCUUUUGAUAAGAAACACAUUUGUCCAAGCUGCCAGGUGACAAUGACUAAUGCAAUGUCACUUGUAGCUCUUAGCACAUGCGGUCAUGUAUUCUGCAAGAAAUGUGCAGACAAGUUUAUGAUUGCAGACAAGGUUUGUCUGGUUUGCGAUAAGCCAUGUAAAGAGAAGAAUUUAGUAAGUUUGAAGAAGGGAGGUACAGGAUUUGCUGGUCAUGAUGACAAUUUGGAAGCAAAAGAUUUCAAGCAUUUAGGAAGUGGUUCAGGAUUAGGGUUAGUAAGGCCUGCCCAGAAGGUUUAAGGCUGGAUUUCACGUUCAUGUAGUUGCAGGAAACCAUGCCUUUUUACUGUAAGUUCUAACUGCAGCUCCUGAAUGGCUGUUCUGCAAUUUUCUUUUGCUGAGCUUGUAAUUUGUAAUUUAAAGAUUUAGAAGGUGGUUCUUAUAAACUUAUGACAGUUAUUAGUGGUGUGGUAAUAUAUUCAUAUACUCAUUGCAUUA